CAACUGCUGUGGUCCAGCGGACAGGCGACGCUCGAAUUUCGCAAGUUAGACAUUGUCGAGGUUUGGCGAGUGCUAAGAAAUAUACCCUGCUACCGUUUUCCAAACUCCACUCGAAAAUCAAAAGUGUCAAUUUUCGAAAAAUCGUAAAUAUCUUAAAAUACAUGUAACACUCUGUUUUUGUGACCUCCCGCGAGUGUUGAUUUAUUUGUUGAGCUUAAGUGCGGGUGUAGCGCACGUUUUGGCUUUAUUUUGUUCGAGUUCAAUGUGUGAGUGAAAAUUCGGAAACAGAAAGUGCAGCGCCCUCCAAAUAAAAAACACGUGCCACAUUUCUCGGAGCCGUAGAGUCCGAGGUAAUUGAAUAAACGAUCCACAAUCACGAGUUAAUGUGUGAAGGCGGACUCUUCAGCGGCUGUGAAGGAGAGUAAUUGAUAAUAUUGAAUGCUGGCAGGACAUUGCCGAGUGAAAUCCAUUAGUUAACUGACAAUCACCUGUGAACCGGAGAGUACGUAGAACACUCUGUUGGCUGCCUGUCCUAAUAAAAAGGGAUAUGAACACAGGAGGAAACAGGAGACGAGGAUAAACAGACAGCAGCAGAGAGACACAGGAAGAGAGACGCAGGAACAGGAAGUGCAACAGAGAGACGGAGGACAGGGGACAGGAGAUACAAGGAAAAUGUGCAAAGGCAGCAAUUUAAGGACGUCAGCAGCGCUGGUAAACUUAUUAGCGAAAUGCACGAAGUCAACAAACGGACAGGCGGCAGUCCUCACAGAGAAAAAGGAAUCGGAAAAUCAGGGGAACCUCGUGCCGCAAAAACAACGAGCUAAACGUCAAAACAAGCAGCAGCAACAUCCACAGCAGUAUCCACAGAUGCUGCAGCAACAGCAGCAGCAGCAGCAGCAGCAGUGGCAGGAGCCACAUCAGGAGCAGCAUAAUCAGCGCCAGCAACAAGGACGUCAAAUAGAGCAAAUGGCAAUGGGGACAAAUGAAGAGGCAGCGGCUGCCAAGGAGCACGAACACCAGACCAAUCCGACAGACUACGAAUGCAAACGCAAACACAAACACCAGCACCAGGACCAGGACCAGCAUCAGCAGCAACACCAACACCAACGAAAGCCCAAUAAUGUAGCCGGCGUACAGCAGCAUGUCCUGCGGUUGCAGUUGGAGCUGCACUUGCUCCUGUGCGCAAUGUUGCCGGCUGUCCUGCUGCUGGGGCUGCUGCCCCUGCCGCCGGGCGCCGCAGCCUCGAUGACACCUUCGGCUAGGAUCUCCAGUGCCAAAGGCCCGGCACGUGAGUUCCUCUUCGCCGAGAUGGGCGGUGGAGGCGUCGGGGUCGGUAUUGGAAUGGGAGUUGGUGGCUCCCCCGGCGGAGCAGCCUCCUCGGCUGGCGGUGGUCCUGGUAUAGGACUCACUGGGGGAGAAGGAGGGGGUGCGGCUGGCAUCGAGUGCCCCAGCUUCGACAACACCGCCUGUCCCUGCUACAAGUUCGAGGAUGGACUAUUCCUGGAGUGUCCUGGCACGACGGCGAUAUCGCUGCGCUCAGCCCUCGAGCGAAUAUCGGCGCCGAUCCACUCGCUGUCCAUCUACGACUUCGACCGCUCGGUGACGUCACUAUCGCAGGAUGUCUUCCAGCCCGGCGUCCAUAUCCGGCACCUGCAGUUCUCCCACUCGCACCUGGAGGCGCUCAAGGACAACAGUCUGCGCAACGUCCGCUCGAGCCUGGAGUCGCUCAGCAUUGUCAAUGGCAAACUAAUGCAGAUGCCAUCCCGAGCUUUGAGCUCGAUGCAAAAGCUGACGGCCCUUGAUUUCGACUACAACGAGAUCGUACGGGUGGAGGACUACAGCUUCUACGGACUGCGGAUCUCCAAACUGAAUCUGAAGGGUAACCGGCUGCAGGGAAUGCCGGAGCACGCCUUUGCCGGGCUGGAGGAGUGCAUGCAGGAGAUAGACAUCUCGGAGAACGGACUGCGGACCUUUCCAUUGAUGGCUCUCCGGAAACUGGACCACCUGCGAAUAUUGCGACUCUCAAACAACCGGAUUCCCACCUUCUACGGGGACAUCCAGUUGGCCACAAACAAUGCCUCGGCGGCGGCUGCCGCAGUUGGUGCGUUCCAGCUACCAUCCUUAAUUUUUCUGGACCUGAGCUCCAAUCAGUUUGCCGAAAUCGGAGACGACUGCUUCAGGGCCUUUCCCCAACUAAAAACUCUCUCCUUCUACGCCAAUCAGAUAGAGUUGGUCCAAGCGGAGGCUUUCAAGAGCCUGCGUGAGCUCAUGUCCCUGGACAUGUCACACAACAGGAUUAUAGCAUUGGAUCCCAAGGUAUUCGAGAGGAAUAAGAGACUGCAAACGGUGGAUCUCAGUCACAAUCACAUACACGCUAUUGGCGGGGUUUUUUCGGAUCUACCGCAACUAAGAGAGGUCUUCCUGAGUGAGAACAACAUUCUGGAGCUGCCGGCAGAUGCGUUUACCAACUCGACAAAUGUCGAUGUCAUUUAUCUGGAGUCCAAUGCCAUAGCCCAUAUAGAUCCAAAUGUCUUUAGCACCUUGGUUAACCUCGAUCACCUGUACUUGAGGUCAAACUUUAUACCCCUCUUACCCGUAACCCUGUUUGACAAGAGCACUAAGCUCACGUCCCUGUCCUUGGACAACAAUGAAAUCCAGGACCUAGAGAUAGGCAUGUUCCGGAAGUUGGAGCACCUGCGGGAGGUAAGACUGCACAACAAUCGUAUCCGUCGGGUGAGAAGGGGCGUGUUUGAGCCACUGCCCUCCCUUCAAGAGUUGCACAUUCAGAAGAACAGUAUUGAGGAUAUAGAACCGCAGGCGUUCCACACCUUGGAAAACAUGCAGCACAUUAAUCUGCAGGAUAAUCAACUAACCGUACUGGAGGACAUCUUUCCAGACGAAAAUUCCUCCCUACUUUCGGUGCAGCUGGAGGCAAACUACCUCCACAAAGUUCACCCCCGCACAUUUCGUCGGCAGCAGAAGGUGCAAAUUAUGUGGCUAAAAGACAAUCAGUUGACCAGAGUGGAAAGGUCCUUUUUCGCCGAUACUCCUCAAUUGGGGAGGCUGUAUCUGAGCGACAAUAGGAUAAGAGAUAUAGAAAAGGACACUUUUGUAAACCUUUUACUGCUGCAAUUCCUUGACUUAAGUGGCAAUCAACUGAGGCAACUAAGAAGGGAUUAUUUCGCACCCCUCCAGGGCCUCGAGGAACUUAGUCUAGCCCGAAAUUACCUAGAGGCCAUAGAAGGUUAUGCCUUUGCCAAGCUUAAGAAUCUGAAGUCCCUGGAUCUUUCUCACAAUCCGCUGGUGCAAAUAACUCGAGAUAUUUUCCUAGAUGAAUUGCCCUUAAACUCCCUGAAUUUGGCCAAUUGUUCUCUAAGAAAACUAGAGCAACAUGCGUUUAAAUCACUUACCAAUCUAAAUGAGCUCAAUCUGGAAAAAAACCAACUGAAUCCAGCGGAUAUCCAAAAGCUAGAUAUACCAAAUCUCAGAAGACUGCAUUUGAACCAUAACAACUUUAGCUAUGUCGGAUCGGUUGGCAUCAUGGCUGGAAUGUUUGAUAGACUCCGCUCAUUGCAGCAACUCUCUAUGUCCAAUUGUAGUUUGGGGCAAAUACCCGAUUUGCUAUUCGCCAAAAACACAAAUUUGGUAAGACUAGACUUGUGUGACAACCAACUGACCCAGAUGAAUCGGAAUAUUUUCAGUGGCCUAAAUGUGUUUAAGGAACUGAAGCUCUGCAGAAAUCAACUCUCCGAGUUUCCACACAUUGCUCUCUAUAAUCUGAGCACGCUGGAAAGCCUGGACCUAGCCCGAAACCAGUUGGCCUCGAUUGACUUCUUCAAGCUAAGUGGAACCUUAAAUCUCAGGCAACUAAUCCUGAGAGACAAUAAGAUUACCGCCUUGAGUGGCUUUAAUGCCGUUAACCUAACCCAGCUGGACAGUGUGGACUUGAGUGGCAACCUGUUGCUCUCCUUGCCGGCCAAUUUCCUGCGUCACUCGAUCAAUUUGCAGAAGGUGGACUUGUCCAGCAAUCGAUUCCUGCAAAUACCCUCAUCAGCCUUGUCCGAUGUUUCAAUACCACGCCUCUCAUGGUUGAACUUGACUGGCAACCCUAUUAACAGAAUUUAUACUGUGAAGGAAGAGCGGUAUCCCUACCUCAAGGAACUCUACAUUUGUCAGACGAACCUUUCCAUACUCACAUCCAAGGAUUUCGAAGCCUUUCAAGCGUUGCAGCACCUCCAUUUGGUGAACAACAGAAUUACCAGAAUUUCCCCUGGCGCCUUUAAGUCACUGACCAAUCUGCUCACUCUGGACUUGAGCGUCAAUGAGUUGGAAAUGCUGCCCAAAGAGCGAUUGCAAGGACUUCGUCUGCUGCGUUUCCUCAAUAUUUCCCAUAACACUCUCAAGGAUCUGGAGGAGUUCAGUGCAGAUCUCUCGGAGAUGCAAACUCUGGACCUGAGCUUCAACCAGCUGGAUCGUAUUUCAAAGAAGACCUUCAAAAAUCUGCACGGUCUGCUGGAACUACUCCUCAUGGGCAAUCGGAUGACGGUUCUAUCAAACGACGCCUUCCGGUUCUUAAGGAAACUGCAUGUUCUGGAUCUGCGCAAAAAUUAUUUCGAGCUGGUGCCGUUGGAUCCACUUAGGCCCCUGGAAACCAAUCUUAGAACCCUUAGGCUGGAAGAGAAUCCACUGCAUUGCAGCUGUGACGCCCAGAAGCUCUGGGAAUGGUUGCGGGAUCAUCGUAAAUGGUCGCUUUCCACGGGCUCCAGCGCAGGGGGAGGUGUUGGCGGACUGACCGGACGGCUGGGCGGUGAUUCCAUUAAUUACCUAAGGUGCGAACACCCGACGGAGCUGCGGGGCAAGGUGUUCGGCACGAUGGAACCGCAGCAGUUUUGCGACGCGCCGCUAAUACCCAAAAUGGCCAUCCAGGACAUUCAGCCCUACUCGGUGGUCGUAUCCUGGCAGAGCCGCGACCAUUUGGGCCUCAAUGGCUUCGAAAUUGUUUACCACGCCACUGGCGACGGGCUUGUUCCGGACGGAUCUCCAACGAACCUUGAGCGGGACGGUCACAGGGACAGGGGUCACGACCCCGACAGGCAGCGAAGCCGGGAGCAGGAGCAGCGCGCACGAGAGCGGGAUCGGGAGAGGGAACGGAACAGGGAGCGGUUACCCGUCGCCACCGAUGAGAUCCACGGCAAGAGGCUAAAUGGAACGGCCAGCUCGACGAAGCUAACCAAGCUGAGCCCCAAUACACGCUAUCACAUUUGUGUCAUCGGGAGCGGUAAUUGGCUCUCGGAGCCGCUGGCAAACGCUCUGCAACGGCUCCAUGCCAACGAGUCCUUGCGUGAGGAGGAGGCGGUGAUGAUGUCGGCGCCUCUACCCGAGUCCUUUUCGCCUUAUCAGCACCAGCAUCAGCAGAACCGGAACUCCAAUAGCAACACCAAUGCAGCCAUGGUCCAGGACCACAGCCACAACCACGACCAGAAUCCUGACCGGGACCUGGACAACGCCAUCGGUCAGGACCACGCCCUGAUGGAGGUGCUCAAGAACUCCCACAUCUCCGCCUGCACGGAUGUCCAGACACUAGACUCCACGCCCAGCUUGGUCACCGACGAGAACGGGCUUUCCAGCAAUGGUUUCAUUCACUCCAUUCUGACCAGAAGAUUGGGCCUGAUUGUGGGAUGUUGCCUGGGCAUCAUAGUGUUCAUCGUAAUGAUCUCGGUGCUAAGUUAUGUCAAGCUGAAGAAGCAGCGCAUCGAAAACGCCAAGCGGCAGGCCGCCCUGCCGCCGGAGUAUAUAUCAUACAGGCACUUCUCCAUCCCCAAUGAAGAGUUGACCAGGACCGCUGCCAAUGCGGGAGCAGUAGCGGCAGCAGCCUUAGCGAAUAAUUCAAAUAACUCCAAUAAUACGACCGACGCGGGUGGCUCGCCGCACGUGUCCAGUGUGCCCAGUGGCAUUAGUGCGCACAUCAGUGGGACCAGCCUCAGCACAGGCACCGGCUCCACAACCACCACGGCCACCACGCCCAUUGGGGGCGUGCCGAUUGUUGGGGUGCCUCUGGGCAAGGCGGGAAGUCCCCUUGUAGGCGUGGGCGUGGGCGUGGGAGCGGGAUUGGUGGUGGCCGACUCCUCUGUGGACGUAGGUCACGCCCACGCGCACAACCACCACGCCCACGCUCACGCCCAUGCCCACCGGCAGAAUAACGGUUACAUGGCGGCGGGCGUGGUGCUAAAUUCAAACCACUUGAGCGUGUGUUAGUCGCACCACCAGAAGGAUUAGGUAAAUACUAGAAGCGUGGGUGCAAGUGCCGAGUUGAGGGGUGUUACAUUUGUAAAAGAUAUUUUUGCAUUUCAAUGAAUUUCACAUUCAGCUUGAAACGCAUCCCUAAUUGACCCUUUCCAAAUGUCCUUUUUAAAAAUUAGGCGGUCCCAAAAGUUAACUUACCUCCUCAACACUGUUUGAGGUGACCUCAAGGUGAUCUGAAAUUUGUUUCAAUCAGCCAACGAUGGCGAGAUAUUGCAAGUAUUUACAAAACAUUAAUGCCCAGCUAGCACAGCGAUUCUGUACAUCCAGCUUAUCUGAAAAUACCGAAACGUAUUCGCUUACCCAUUCGCAAAUAAAUGAGUUAUAAGAGGAUCUACCGCAUGUGCAGGCUGAAUUAUUUGACAUUGAACACUCAAAUCCGCUUUUAAUAAUUAAAUGGAUGUCGUGAUUUAUUGGAAUUUUAAUUCACAUUCACAUUCAUCCACUUCAGCACCCCUUUCAAAUCAAAUCUGCAAUCCCUAAAAAACCGAGCAAAAUUGGGCAGAAGCUCGCAUAUUUCAUAUUCGAAAUGGAAUCAAAAACUUUUACCAAUCAGAGCAAGCGCAAAGCAGUUUUAUGUUCUUCAAUGUGCCCAACAUGCAUUUAAUUUAAUAUUUAAAUAUAGAAAAAUGAAGAAAAUCUAGGUUAGUGAUAAUUACGAUGAUGCGUUCAACGUUCGUUUAGUUAUGACAAUUGAAGGUAGAGCACAAUGCGAGUAGCGGAAGGCAAUUUGGCAUUUUCAAUGUAAAUAAAGUGGAAUCAAAGCAAAAUCUCAGCCGUAAUGUUGCAUCUAAAUCAAAUUAAGCUCUAUAUAAUGAUAUACAUAUGUAAGAACUACACACAUGGCCGUAAAGAUAUAUAAAUAUAUUUACCUGUAAUGGAAAGCACACAUGCAGACAAUUUUUUUUGAACUAGACUUAGUGAAUGGAAAAUGUAUGAGCGGGAUUUUGUGUUUUUUUUUUAGACCGAACGCUGAAAGGUCAAGAAUAAACUAGUAAUAUAAAACGUCAUAAAAGCGGCAAGAUAUAUAGUAUUACCAAAAGUAAAUAAAUAAUUAUAAAAAGAUAAAUAAUAACAUUAACUAGUUUAAGUGCAGACCCCAAAGUAUGCAUAAUUGUUAGCAGAACUCAAAGAGUUUCAUAUACAUAUAUAUAUACAUACAUACAUUUUUUCUAAUAAUUAACUUUAUGGUUUUCCUAAUUUUCGAUUCGAAAAGAAAUUAAGCUUUAGUCGAGGAUUAAAAUACAUAAAUUAUUUACAUUAGCAAAUAAACAUUACACAUGACAAGAAGCCAAAUGAAGAGAAAUAAGCAAAAUAAUCAUAAUAAUAAAAAGAAUUUCUAGACAAUUAAGCAACCGGUUCAAGUCAAAUGAAAUCAGAACCCCAGACAAAACGUAUGCUCACACACCGAAACUAACAGCUAAGGCGAAGAGAUUCUUGCGAGACUUCUAACUUUUCGGUCCCCAUUUCUUCCUGUGUGGCUUUCAGUGCGUCUUGGCUACUAAAGUAUUUUAAUAUGGUUAUAUGCGAGAUACAAUACAAGAACUGUAGUAUGCAUGCAUCAAACUUAAGAAGCAAACAAUAACAAUGGGCAGAGGAAUAAGAACACAAAAUGCAAAUCAAAAUCGAAAAAUCGAACUUAAGACAACACGAAAUACACAAAGAACAAGACAAGCAAACCAAAAUGAAGAGGAAAUAUAAAAUUAAACAAAGCUUUGUUUUGCUCUACAAAAAGCCAACACAUAAUGAGGCAAUCGCUGCCAUGCAAAAGCCCUUUUCUUCGAUUCUUGUUCAAUUGUAGGGUUUAGAAAAGGAAACACAAAAUACACAACACACACAAUGCAGAGGUAAAAAAUUAACAAUUAAACAAAAAACAAAUAUAGAACAAACAUACAAUAAAUGUAAUAAAUUAAAACCCAAAAAAACAGAAUAUUGUAUGGCCAGCAACACAAAGUAAAAUAUUAAUAAAUG